CGGGUCUUGUAGUCUGUUUCCCGAUCUGCAGGGCUGGGCUGUAGCUCCCGGCGGGCGCAGGAUGUGAGCUCACAGCCGAGAUUGCAGGCAGCCGCAGGCCAGAUGUGGCACGGAGUCGGCUUGCCACUUGGCUGAGAGGAGAGGCGCCCCUGCGGACGGCACUGAGAGUAUGAGGCCCUGGCCUCUGCAGGCCACUCACUUGUGACCACUUCCACCACGGCAGAGCCUUCCAAGCCUACCUCCUGCCGUGUGGUGAUCUACCUGCAGCGGGAGAUGUCAGGGGACACCUGUCUGUGCCCAGCCUCGGGGGCCAAGCCCAAGAUAAGUGGCUUCAAGGGAGGUGGGCUGGGCAACAAGUACGUGCAGCUCAAUGUAGGAGGCUCCCUGUACUACACCACAGUGCGGGCGCUCACCCGGCAUGACACUAUGCUCAAGGCCAUGUUCAGUGGGCGAAUGGAGGUGCUGACGGACAAAGAAGGCUGGAUCCUCAUAGACCGAUGUGGAAAGCACUUUGGCACCAUCUUGAAUUACCUCCGAGAUGAUACCAUCACCCUCCCUCAGAGCCGGCAAGAAAUCCAAGAGUUGAUGGCUGAAGCAAAAUAUUACCUCAUUCAAGGGCUAGUGAACAUGUGCCAGACUGCCCUGCAGGACAAGAAAGACUCCUACCAGCCUGUGUGCAACAUCCCCAUCAUCACAUCCCUGAGGGAGGAGGACAGGCUCAUUGAAUCCUCCACAAAGCCUGUGGUGAAGCUGUUGUACAACAGGAGCAAUAACAAGUACUCAUACACCAGCAACUCUGAUGAUCACCUGUUGAAAAACAUUGAACUGUUUGACAAGCUGUCCCUGCGUUUCAACGGUCGCGUGCUCUUCAUCAAGGAUGUCAUCGGGGACGAGAUCUGCUGCUGGUCCUUCUAUGGGCAGGGCCGUAAGCUGGCAGAGGUGUGCUGCACCUCCAUCGUCUAUGCCACAGAGAAGAAGCAGACCAAGGUGGAAUUCCCUGAGGCCCGUAUCUAUGAGGAAACGCUCAAUGUCCUACUCUAUGAGACCCCUCGAGUCCCUGACAAUUCCUUGCUGGAGGCCACAAGCCGGAGCCGCAGCCAGGCUUCCCCCAGUGAAGAUGAGGACACCUUUGAACUACGGGACCGCGUCCGUCGCAUUCACGUCAAGCGCUAUAGCACUUACGACGACCGGCAACUUGGCCAUCAGUCUGCUCAUCGAGACUAAUGAGACCCUUAGGAAAUCAGGGUACAAGAAGUCCUAUCUGCCACCCUGUGGAACGAACCCAUUGGCCACCCUAUGCUGCUCCUGCUAGCUGGGAGCCUGUUCUAGCGUGUACAGGUGACAGCCUGCUUGGGAGGUCAGGCAGCUGGGAGAGGCAAGGCCACAUUGUCUUGCCUGGCCUCCCUCCCCCAGCCCUUCCAGAUGCCACCCCACUUCCUGCUAACAGAGAGCUACUUCUGCUCUCGGAUGAGUGCACUGACUUCCCACCUCCUGCCAGGAAUGCUGCGGGGCCCUUGGCUGAGCCUUGUAGGUCCACAGCUGAGGCCCACGGGAACAGCUCUGUUCUAGGGGGAAGGAGGCUUCUGGUGCUGGGAGGACCCAAUUUUGAACAGAAAAGGCAGCCUUUUUUUUUUCCUAAGGCGUUUAAACAUUGGUAUAACCUGGAUUUUUUUUUUUUGUUUGUUUGUUUGUUAGUUUGUUUUUAAAUCUAGAUGUUAGCAUGGUGGCCAUGCCUAUAAUCCCAGCUAUGGAGAGGCCGAGGUGGGAUAACAAGUUCUAGGCUAGCCUGGACAACAUAGCAAGAUCCUCAAUAUAAAAUUUUAAAAAGAAGGCUAGUGGCAUAGCUCAGUGGUAGAAUACUUACCUAGCAAGUGUAAGGCCCUGGGUUCAAUCCCCAGUACUGCCACACUGACUAAGGAUCUAAGAAGUGACUAGUUUCUAGUCUGAGGGAAAGGCUAGGACUAAGCAUGUCCUCUACAGAAUGCCAGGACCCCACUUAUAGGCACACAUACUCACAUGUUCACUCCACCCUUUUCAAUAUUCUAGAACCCAUCUUUUUUUUUUCCUUUGGUCUUUCGAGACAGGGUUUCUCUGUGUAGCCCUGGCUGUCCUGGAACUCACUCUGUAGACCAGGCUAGCCUCCAACUCAGAAAUCCACCUGCCCCUGCCUCCCAAGUGCUGGGGUUAAAGGCGUGUGCCACCACCACCCAGCCCUAGGACCCAUCUUUAAAGCACUUUGUAUGGCUAUCAUUCAUGAGAAUCUAUUCUGCCUUGACCCAAAGCUUUUUCUGACACUGAUCCCCUCUUGCAAAAUCUGAAGGAAAGGCUGAGACAGGAGGAUCACAAAUUUGAGACCAGCCUGUGCCAUGUAGUUAAAGUUCCAGGCCAGCUUGGGCUACACAGACUUUGUCUCAAAAAAAAGUAACUAGACUGACCAGCUUUGGCGUGUCAGCCUGACUAGCCAAAGAAUACCAAGAGGGAAAGGAUGUCCAAGUUGAAGAUGGUUUUAAUAGCAUCCUGUGGGGAAAGAUACCUCACCCCUACAUUGUAGGGUCACAUCACUGACUCAGAUUCAACAGGAUUCUUUGGUUUGAGCUUCAUACUUGGGUUGCUCAGCUCUAAGACAUGCUGUCCCCACAGACCAUAAAGCCAGAAGCUGUGGUGCAGGCCAGAAACAAGCUGCAGCAAAAGGCUGUGGAGCUAUCAGCGGAAGCCAGCAGUGUCCACAGAUGUGGUGCAGCCCUGACACCAUGGGUAUGUUCUGGCUCUGAGUAGUGGUUCUGCCUAGUAAUGGAUCUCCAAAUGCGUAGUAACUAGGACAACCUAAGCCUUUGAAAGGCCUUUCUUUUGGGUCAUUGACCAUGGAGGUACCAAGAUCUAGACCCAGUGUAAAUUCUUCCUUUGGGCUUUGGUUUCCCUCCCCUUCUUUGUUGGGAUUGGCUCUUAACUGGAUUCUUUCCAGAGGAAUGUUGUCACUGGAGGGGGCUCAUCAACAGUGCUCAAGAAAGGGCACAGAUCGUCAGCUGCAUUCCUUGACCACUCUUAUGAUUAUCACAUGUACACUCAUAGCUCACCUCUUAGAACCUAUGGGCAGGUGCCAAGCCCAGGGCUGGGCUCUCACAAGGAUCUGACCUGACAUGACAGAGAGGGGAAAUGGGAAAUGUGACUUAGUAAUGAGGCAUCUUAUGCCAGUCACAAUCUUGAAUGUAUAAAUAGCUCUAAGAUGCUUGGGUCAGGCACCUUAGUGAUGAGCAGCUACUAGUUCUUCAGAUCUCACUGGAACUGAGAUGACAAUCCAACUUUUUUUGCCAAAUAUAGGCUUUGGCUCUGAGUCUUUCCCACAGACUUUGGAAUGUUACAGUGUGAGGCCACCAAUCUGUUUUCUCAGCUGUCCCCAAGAAGCCCUUUACUCUUCAGAUUUCCAGCUCCCUGCUGUGCUUCCCGUUUGUCUCUUUACCUCCACAACCACUUUAGCCUCUAUGUGGUGCUUGGACAUCCAUAUCUCUGCGGGUCCUGCAGUUUAAUCUUGGACUGAGAAAGCACAGCAGCAGGAGUCUUGGGUUGGGCAUUCAUCUUCUCCUUGGUUUAAGGAAAACACUAAUGCUGCAGUGAUCUGGACUUGGUGGCUAUGGUGGCUUCUGAGAUUUCCCAGGCCUGUCCAAAAGUAGUUCUGGCAGGAUGGGUUUUUUGAUCACAGGCAGCCCAGGGGAUGUAAACAUAAAACAUGCAUGAGGGUCAGACUGGAGCUGUUAACAAACACCAGCUGUGUGCUCUGUUGAACCUGGGAAGUGUGACUGACUGGCCUGAAGGGUAACAGGUUCUGGCACGAAAGAAUGUGUCCUUUACUACAUAUCUGCAAUCUUGGUUGCUUACCCUAAGUGAUAGAAGUAAACACUAACUUCUAAUAAAAUUGUUUUACACUGCUGA